ACCAUUAGUGGAGGCGACAAGUAUGUCUCUGGAACUGCCUUAUAUCAUAUCAAUAAUGACGACAAUACUUUCAGAGAAAUUACAUUUAAAGGCUUUUGUGGAAAUUCUGAAUCUUUAGUAGCUCUCUUCGACAAAAAUUCUAUUAUUUUAAUGAUUGGGCGUUAUGUAUAUGAAGGAGAUACAGAAUAUAUCUCUUUAGUCCAGACUGUGUCCAUAUCAUUUUUUGAUAACGAGUAUAUUCUGACUCCUCCUGAUCUUCCUCGCUCAUCGCCUCUGCUUCUCUUUUCUGCUCCUGUCGUACAAGGUUCUUAUCAUCCUGCCACUGACGGAGGAAGAGAAAGUUUUAUGCUCUCAAAGCGCUUAUACAAUGGUGUUACAAAUAACAAUCAUGUUCAUUCUAAUGUCAUCAUCUCAUACUCAACCGAUAAUAAACGUUACACUGCUAUGAAAAAUAAUCUACAAAAAACAGUUUUAUCAGUCAUAGGAAGAGUAAAGAUUGGAUCAUCAAAAAUUCCACAUAUCAUCGCUUCCGAUAUUGAGUGGACUUAUUUAGUUAGCGAAUCAUCACAAUAUUCAGGUAUUUCAAGCAAAGACAAACCGAAAUCUCGCGAAGAAUUAGAUAACCAGUUAGAUAGUAUUGAAGAGAAAUAUGCUACUCUUUCCUCCCAGCCUCUUCAGAAAAAACCAAAGCUCACCUCACUUCCAUUGUUUGGUAGAAAGGCAUCGAAUGAAAAGCAACCGUCUGUUAAUUUUGUGGAUGCCAUUUCACAAAUUUGUGCCAAUGAACGUCAUUCAGGACCUACCAAUGAAGAUGCUAAUAUUACACCUACUGAUAAUAUUGAACCAAUUACGCUUAUUUCUACCAAUCCAUCUACUUCUCAACGUAAAGGUACUAAACGUUCAAAGUCUACAAAAAAGUAG